GGGCGGGAAGCGCGCCAGCCAGUAGCGGCCCGAAGGCGCCCGCGGCCGGACGCUCCCAUGCCACAGGUGCUGCCCUCUUUCUGACUACGGGGCAGCUGAACAGGAUGGUAGCUUGGCGCUGAGAUGUCGUCGCCCCUGAGCCGCCUGGGUCUGGGACCCCGCGGUCAGCCGAGGACUCUGCGCGUCAUGGUUCUGGGCCAGGCCGGCGUCGGCAAGUCUGCUCUGGUGGUGAGGUUCAUUACGAAGCGCUACAUCGGUGAGUACGACCCGACGCUGGAGAAGGUGUACCACUUCCAGACUGUGAUGGACGGUGAAGCGGUGCUGUUCGAGAUCCUGGACACCGCUGGACAGUCGCACGAGAGCGAGUGCGUGACGCUGGAGGCGAACAUCCGCUGGGCGGAGGCGUUCGUGCUGAUGUACUCGGUGACGGACAAGUGCUCCUUCGACGAGUGCAACCGUCUCAAGUUCCUCAUCAACUACAACAAGCGCCGGCGCCGGCUCGGGCCCGCCACGCACAAGGAGCCGGUGGGCGAGGCGCCGGUGGUGCUGGUGGGCAACAAGACGGACCAGUGGGGCGAGCGCAUGGUGAGCCGCGAGGAGGGGCUGCGCCGCUGCCGGGACACCGCCUGCGCCGCCUUCCACGAGCUCUCCGUGCGCGAGAGCAUCGAGCAGGUGUGGGCGGUGUUCCGGGACGUGUACCGGCUGUGGCGGCUGCACGCCAAGGGCGCCCGCCUCUGCCGAUCCCGCAGCGAACUCUCCUCGGCCGCCGCCGUCGCGCUGCUGGGGCGCCGGUGGACCGAGGUGGAGCUGGAUGAGGAGGGGGAGGCGGAGGCGGGCGGCGACCAGCCGGCGGGGCGCGCGGCCGCUAACGUCAGCGUGGACACGCUCCCAGCGUUCCGCGCGCGGGCCUCGACGGACGGCCACCUGCUGUCGCGUCCGCGCCUCUGGAAGCUGCCACACCCCCACAACCAGCCGCGCACCGAGCGACGCAUGAGCAUCUCUAUGCGCGGCAACAACGCCAGCUGCUGAGCGGCACUACCUGCGUGACGUCAUCAGCCUCAGGAGCCGGCCGGCCAGACAGUGGAUACUCUAGAUGAUGACAGCAACCGGCUCCAAACACAGCUUUCAGCUGCACAACUAGGAACUACUAUCCCUCAAAAAAAUGUUCAAAUGUGUGUGAAAUCUUAUGGGACUUAACUGCUAAGGUCAUCAGUCCCUAAGCUUACACACUACUUAACCUAAAUAUCCUAAGGACAACAACACACCCCCAUGCCCGAGGGAGGACUCGAACCUCCGCUGGGACCAGCCGCACAGUCUAUGACUGUAGCGUCUUAAGACCACUCGGCUAAUCCCGCACGGCCUGCUGUCCCUCUUCCAGCUGCAGUUACAGGGGCAGUCAUAAAGUUUGUCUCAUCACCAUGAAAGAAAUCGCUAUCCAGGACUUCACUCACAUAAUGUGACAUUCCUACCAAAGAUGAAUGAAUUGGGAAACAUUCUGAUGAAAGCAUUCCUCAUUUUGUUGGCUGAAAAACUGCUCUGUUUCUCCUGUUAUCUUUUUGUCGUUCUGGCAGUGCCGGUAUUCUGCUUUUCGACUGUUUAUUGGAUAUAAGAGUGCAGAUAUUUAAGGACCAGGGCCUCCAUUUCUGUGACAGUUCAUGGUUCCUGAAUGAGGGGCUCAUUUACCCACACUGGAAACGUCAGCGCUUUUUACCUACAGGGUAAUACAACACUGACAGUCAUCUUAUCACGAAUGUCAGUGGCAUAUCUUCUUAACAAAGAAUAAUAAUCCUGGAAAAGCACAAAUCAUCAUUCUAGCUCCCAUGUCUCAUGCCAUUCUAAACUGUUGUCCGUGAUAGUAUGAACUACAUGACCACACACUGUGCUUUCGUACUAGCGUGUAAUGUGGUGCAGAUAACAUUACGCUCUAGAAUAGUAGUAGUUCCGUACCUAAAUUCCUGACCAGUCCAAUUCUGAUCUCAGUAGAACCAUUGUGACUGUGUGUGUGUGUGUGUGUGUGUGUGUGUGUGUGUGUGUGUGUCAGAGAGAGAGAGAGAGAGAGAUAGACAGAGACAGAGAGAGAGGGGGGGAAGAGAGGGAGGGGGCAGUUUGGCAAGUUUGAAGUUGAUGCGUGUAUGUAUCUAGCCUAACGAAAACUCUUCCCAUGGACAUAAUGUGUAGUUAAGUUAUCUACUACAAGAGAGUGCAUCUUGUUCUUACCUAGCUGCCACGUUUAUAAUCAAAACAACAACUGUGUGGUAUUUUGGUGUUACAGAGUGCACUGCAGGUUUCUGUCGUCUAUGUGCUGAAUUUUCUUACAUAAAUAUUGCAGGUACCAUGUCAACAACGCAAGCUACACCUACUGAAGAUUGCUGUCAGCUGAGGUCGGCGUGCAAUGCUUCAAUCGAUGAACAAUAAUCUAAGUUUUACUGGUCUCAUUAUCUUCUGUCUCCUAUUUAAGAAAAUUCCGAUAGUCCCACGGGUUACUGUAGCACAUUAAAAUGCCACGUUUUUCUGUUCUCCAAUUAACUUUAAAUGCGAACAUUUUAGGUUAGGCUUUACCGUGACUGUUAUUGACAUUAAAUGAAACAACAAGUUUACUGUUACCAGUCACCGUUUUAUUUAUGACAGUAAACUUGUUGUUAUGUUCUCCAAUUAAAAUGGUUCUUCAAUUUAAAUCCCUUGGCUGGUGAUUUGUACACAAAUGUCCAUAAACGAGAUGCAGUGUAACUGGUUAGGAUUUUGGACCAUUUUCUGUUACGAAUUCUUUAGACAAGAUUACCGUAAUACUGCUGUAUUGCUAAUUUGAUCUUUUGACAGUUAAGCUGAAUACUUGAAGGUGGAACAAAUUAAAGAUGGUUUAAGCA